AAAGAUGAAGGGAAGUACCAAAAUUAUUUGGUUUAACUGGAUCAUGCAACAAACCCCAGAAACUUCCCAGCAAGUAGAAAUAGAGAUCGCAAGGGAGUCAGCACAUUUUAGAUUAGAAUCCAGGAAUGCCCACAUUAGUUCUCUUCUGUGGCUGGCCUGGAGCUGGCACAGUCUGCAAAAGAGGCAGCCCAUGAAUGCAGAGCCAGAGAUACUGGUCGACACUGACGCCUGGCCCUUUUCUGGGCUCUUUGCACUCAGGACUUUAUCCACUCUCACAGCCACUCUCUGUACCAGUAAGGAAACAGAGACAUGCACAGAUCAGGGAAUGUUCCCCAAAGCAACCCGAUGGUCAGUGGGAGAGCUGGGAUUCGCUUCCAGUUCUGGCCAGAUCUUUCCACUACAUUUCGUUGUCCGUGAUGCAAUUUUCAAACUGUUUAUAUGCCACUGGGGGUACUCAUUUCACAACAAGAGGUCUGUGGAUUAAGUAGUUUAAAAAGGUAAAUUGUUGAGGUCCUUGGCCUCCAUAUGUCCUUUCCUUGUAUUGCUCUGCCCAGUGUGAAAAUAUCAUCCUAGAUCUCCUUUCCCACCUGCCCUUCUUUAUUCUCCCUCUGACACUUUACCCCCGAUUUCGUCAUUUCUCACCCAGAAUCUGUACUACCUCCAGGUUGCCAAACUAGGGGCAAAUUAAAAUUAUUAGUAUCCUCAAAGCUUCUUUUAAUCAAGGGCCAUGAACCAUCCAUUCUCAAUAAGAGAUGCAUUUCCAAUACAAUUUUCAUUUGUUGUCAAAAUUUGUAAAAUGUUUGUUGUACUAAUAAUAUACUAAUUUGUAAAUUUACAAAAUUUGUAAAAUGUUUUUGUACACUAACAAUUGCAAUAAAAAUUCAGUUUAGAAGAAAAAAGUUUUAACUUAGGGCCUUAUGGUCACAGGAUUUUAGAAAUUAAAUUUCAAAUUAUAUAUAUAUUUUUUACUUUUUUUGCAGAGAAGUUGAUAAAAUGAUUAAUUAAAGACUUAAGCAUAAAAAUAUGUUAGGAUAAAUUCUGUGGGGGAAGUAGAAUAGGUAUAUUGUAUCUGAUUGUUAAGAACUUGUCACAUAUUUGUUAAAUGGAUAAUGGUGAAGAUUCGAAUCACUAUAGUAUAUAGACUCCACUGGAUCUAUUUAAAAGUUUGAUAUAAUGUGUGUUAUUUUGAAAUGUCAGUACAUGCAAUAUACUGGAAAUUAUAUCCUUGGCAACUAUUUAAAAUUAUGAUGAAAAAUUUUAUGUCAACUUAAAAAUGUGUGAGAGGGGUCUGUGGGUCUUGGAAAUUCUUUUAGAUGGGUCCAUGAGCAGGGAGGCUUGAAGGCCACUAUGCUGAGAUACUGGGGGUCAUAACAUUUUAGCCUUUAGGAUCUGGAAGGAACCUUUUUGAUUAUCUAAUCUGUCUUGAUCAGUUUUCAGAUGAGGAAACUCUGGGAGGAAGGUUAGUUGAUUUUCCCAUAGUCACACAGUGGGCCCAGAACCUGCGUGUCCUUGCUUGCCCAUUCUCACUGCUUCAUAUGGCUGCUACUGUGCUCUGAAAUCCCACCGCCAGUUUUGAGGAAUGAAGGAGACCAAAAGUGAUCUCAAAACAGACUGAAUAAUGGGGACUUCCUGGGUAGGUUGCUCUCUGUCCUGCCACUUCUGCCCCAGUAGUCAGGAUGGGAGGCCAAGACUUAAUUUGAGGCCACCCUGAGGCCCCAGGGUUGGCAGACAGACCCUGAAUUUCAGUGGAUUCCAGGCUGGGGAUUUUCCUUCUUGGAUCUACUCUCUAUUACCUGAGGGAAACCCUGAUCUUUAGGGCUCUUACGGUUCUACCCGGGCCACAUCCAUCUCAUAUAGCACCCCUUUCUCAGGACACUUGAUUUAUAUCUGUUGACCAUCAUAAUAAACAUAUAAAUGAAUGAUGCUCCCUUUAGAUGUGGUCCUUUAUGCAUUGCAUAACCACCACAGUUUAGACAGCAGUCCUGGGACCAAAGCAUCCCCUUAGAGCCUUUUUAGAUUAUACUGGAACUGGGUCUGCACCACCCCUGGGGUUCACAGUGCGUUGAAGUAGAUACCCUGCUGAUAAUGAGUUGGAUACAGUGCUGAGCACAGCCAUUUUGCAGCAUCCUGAUGGCAGUGGGGUCUUGUACUCCAAACCCCAGGAGAGGGGCCAGGACCACAGUGACAAUGAGGCAGGUUUAUUUUUUUAAUGACUUCCCAGGUUUGAUUACUUUCAUCUUUACUACUGCUGAUGGGAGAGGGAUUUGGGCUGACCGUACAGAGGCAGGCAGACCUAAGCAGUUUGUGGAUAAGGAUAGCCCUGAAUGGCAGGCCUGGCCCUGAGACAUGAACUAGAAUUUGAUUGGAGCUGGGGACCCAGACCCGUACGUCAUGGGGACACCAGGGCUAAUAGAGAAGGGCACAGGCCGCUGUCAGGACACAGGCUACCACACGCCCGAGACCAGGACACUGCUGACGUGGCAGCUCUCCACCCCAGCCCCUUACUGCCCCCCACCCCUCGCCCCCGCCUGUCAGCCACCAACGGGCUCUGCCCUGUGUCUGCCACACCUGUCACUGCCUGUCUGUGUCUGGGGGUGGGGGCCCCAUCAGCCCCUCCUCAGCUGCCCAGCAGAGCAAGCGGUCAGUGGGGAGGGAGGGAAGAUGGAGCAGGGGCCAGUGGUGGGGGCAGGGCCAGGGCUGGCAAUUGGGAGCCGAAUCCGGGCACUGCUGGGCUGCCUGCUUAGGGUGCUACUCUGGCUGGCCUCUGCCUUGCUGUACUUUGGAAGCGAACAGGCCGCCCGCCUCCUGGGCAGCCGCUGCUUACAGCGCCUCUACCAUGCCUGGCUAGCAGCCGUGGUAAUCUUCGGGCCCCUCCUGCAGUUCCAUGUCAACCCUCGGACCAUCUUCGCCAGCCACGGCAAUUUCUUCAACAUAAAGUUUGUGAAUUCAGCGUGGGGCUGGACGUGCACCUUCCUGGGGGGUUUUGUGUUGCUAGUGGUGUUCCUGGCCACGCGGCGUGUGGCAGUGACCGCCCGGCACCUGAGCCGACUGGUGGUGGGGGCAGCCGUGUGGCGGGGGGCCGGCCGGGCCUUCCUGCUCAUCGAGGACCUGACGGGCUCCUGCUUCGAGCCUCUACCCCAGGGCCUGCUGCUCCACGAGCUGCCUGACCGCCGCAGCUGCCUGGCGGCCGGCCACCAGUGGCGGGGCUAUACAGUCUCUUCCCACACCUUCCUGCUCACCUUCUGCUGCCUGCUCAUGGCCGAGGAAGCAGCAGUGUUCGCCAAGUACCUGGCCCACGGGCUGCCCGCCGGUGCCCCUCUGCGGCUCGUCUUCCUGCUCAACGUGCUGCUUCUGGGGCUCUGGAACUUCUUGCUGCUCUGUACUGUCAUCUACUUCCACCAGUACACCCACAAGGUGGUGGGCGCCGCCGUGGGCACCUUUGCCUGGUACCUCACCUAUGGCAGCUGGUAUCAUCAGCCCUGGUCCCCGGGGAGCCCAGGCCAUGGGCUCUUCCCUCGUUCCUCCAGCCACAAGCACAACUGAAAGAAAUAAAGGACAU